UCUGAUUUGAAUAACAUGGCUCCUAAGAACAAAUACUAUGUUGUCUUCAAAGGGAGGAAUGUUGGGAUUUACUCAAGCUGGGCAGACUGUCAGGAACAAGUUAUUCGUUUUAGUGGAUGUGCAUACGAAGGGUUCAACAAUUUCCAGGAAGCGGAAGCUGCCUGGUUAAGGUUUUGCUCUGGUGCAAAUGGAGAUGACAACAUGGAUGCACACGAACCACCGCCGGUGGUUGGAUUGGAAGCAGCUGAAGCAUGGAUUGCAAGUGGUGUUCCAAGUUCAAGUAACAACAUAUCUCUGGCAGGUCUUUCAUUGAAGGAUGAAAGCAUGCGUGAUGACUUGGAUGAGUGGGAAGAGGUGGAGGUGACUGACCCACAAGAUUUCGUGGUUGAAUUUAGCCUUGCAACUCUCCUUGGAAACGUUUGUGAAGCCCUCGAGCUACCUCCGCCUGUGUGGGGGGGGUGGUAGACACAAAAGCAUGUGCAGGUGUUCCGCACCACAGGUACACCGUUGCUGUCACGUGUAAAAGGUUAUACAGGCCUAUGGUGAUGACUGGAAAGUACAACAUCACACAUGAUGAAGCUCGUGAUAGUGCUGCCAAACUCAUACUCAAAAUAUUGCUGAAUCAGACAGGAAAGAGGGUGAAAGACUACAAUUAUCAUGUGUUGGACGACAUUCACAAUGAGUUGCAGGUGAAAGAAGUACAAAUCAAAGACUUGAAACGGGAUUUGGAAGAGAAGGACAAGGAAAUUGCGGGCUUUGGUGGUCAGUUAGGAAAGAAGGAGGAACAGAUCACAAUCAUGGCUGAAGAGAUCGCACUUCUUGAGCAGGAGGUGAGAACAAUGAAGGGGGUCCUGCGAUACCCAAAGUAGGAUGACAGGGGGAUGUGUCAUGUGUGCACAUUGAAUAUCAUGGUUAGUUUGUAAUAUUGCUGAACUACUAUCCUACUUAGUUAAGUGUGAUGUUAGAAACCCUAGUUGUGGGAGCUGUAGCCCCAUUCAUGUCUUUGUCAGUGUCGUUUUGCUUCAUUGUUGUUUAAGUUAGGACCUUUUAUGAAUUCUGCGUAUGUUGUGGCACACUGAACCUGACUACUAAGUGCCUUAAUCCUUUUAAUGUUGAAUGUGUGUAAUAUAUAAGUGUU